GGCAAAUUUCCAAACACAGGAAGUUUCUUAAUUGACCCAAAAGGAAAGGAAAUAUUGAAGCUACAUGAUGGCGAUUCGAUUCGAUUGGGCUUUUGGAUUGCUGCUGGUUGUGGCAGCGGUCGCAUCAGCGCGCUUGGUAGUGCCACCGCGUCAGAUUGUGGGUGGAUUCCCGAUUGACAUUUCGGAGGCACCGUUUCAAAUUUCCCUCCGAGAAGAUGAGCAACCAUCGUGCGGCGGUUCGAUCAUUUCUCCCAGCUGGAUUCUAACCGCAGCUCACUGUUUGGAGGGAGUCGCUGCUUCACAGGUGUCCAUAAGAGCCGGUUCAACGUACAAGUUACAUGGUGGCAUUAUCCGCAAUGCUAAACGCGUUGUGCUCCAUCCGGAUUGGGAUGCAACUACGAACGAAGCCGAUAUUGCGUUGGUUGAGCUGGUGGAUCCACUUCCGCUAAAUGGUCAAACAAUCGCGUCGAUUGAGAUGCCCGAACAGGACGAAGAGGAUCCGGUGGAAGGAUCGAAGGCGAUGGUUUCCGGUUGGGGCAAGACGCUGAACGUGUAUCACUCGAACCUGAUCCUGCGUGCCACCUUUGUGCCGAUCGUUCAUCGGGAUAACUGCCAGAAAGCGUACCGUCGAAGCGAGCACAUCUCGGAGCGUAUGUUGUGUGCGGGCUUUAUCGGUGGUGGUCAUGACUCGUGCCAGGGUGAUUCCGGUGGUCCGCUGGUGGUGGAUGAUCUCCUGGUCGGAGUGGUUUCCUUUGCUAACGGAUGUGCUAAACCUGGCUUCCCAGGUGUAAAUGCCCGCGUAUCGGCCGUGCGCGAUUGGAUUCGAGAAGUCAGCGAUGUAUAACUUACGAGAAGAAUUAAAACAUGAUAAAGCACAGCUAUUUUUGGUGUGAAUUAAAACAGUUGUGCGGUAAACAGUAAAGUAAAAUAUAUUUAUUUUGAGGAAAGGUAUACAGCCAGCGGUUUGGUCUAUUGCAUACAAUUAGGCGCACCAUACCAUCGGCAUUUUGUGAACUGUAAAAACCCGAAUGUUUCGUAAGAACAAACGAUGCACUUCAUUUUUGUGGAUGAUUUUUACUGCUAAAUUGAAGAAACUGUAAAUAAUUUUUUACGGUUAAAAUCCAAUUUAUGUGAACAAACCACCCAUUAUAAAAUCACCGAUUCAACGCUUUUAGCAUAUAGUUUAUGUACUGU